CUUGAAUUUGGUCUGCUCUCAGAAGAACAAGAUGGAUCGUACUUUUUCUACCCUUCCGACCAUCGAGUACAACUUCAGGUCGUUUUGCUAAACGAAGAAGCAAGACGAGGGACGAAAGAGACCUCUAUUAAAACAGUAGAACAAGAUACAUUAGUGCUGAUGUUGAAGUCAGUGUAGUCUUUUGUUUUUAAGCACUGGACAUGUUUUUAAGCACUGGCGCUGUCAUCUCCUAUAACGAAUCGGAGUUUAGAUUUAAUAAGCGAUUACAAGCAUCGUUUUAUCAGCUCGGCUUCAAGCAGUAAAAAUGCUCUUUUCGCUGUUCCAACUCCAGUGAUUCUCUAUUUCUAAAUACCACGUUUUCUUAACACAACAAACUACAAGAAUCAUCAAAAUGUCUUCGUCCGGCGACAAGAAUAAGUCUGGUGCCCCCGUCAAGCCUUGCCUCGACAUGAGGGGUCUACGUGGGCAGAACAAUAUGGGCAGGCAUGAGAGGAGCAAUAUGAACGUUGUGAUGACGUCUUUUCAAGAACGCAAGUACGGGGUCGAUGGCAAGGGCGGCAAAGAUGAAGGAGGAAGUAGGGCGAAGGGCGAACGGGUGAAACCUUACUGGAGAAUACUGGAGGAAAAAGCGGAACGGGAGAAAGAGCAAGAAGCUAGAUUUGCGAAACGAAGACGGCUGGAGCAAGAGGAAAAGCAACAAGACUACUUGGAUUUGGUCAAAAAUGAUUUAAGGCUCUACUCUGGUUGAUGUAUAGUUGAAAAAGAGCAUCUUCUUCGCUGGAAUCGACGUGCUAAUGUGAUAGCGUGCAUCAUUCUCAAUUAUCCAGGUUCCUUCUAGAACAUUUAAUCAAGAACUUCCAUAGUGGCAUAUUUCUCAACUAGAGAAGUCUCUGCUCUUCCACUUCUAAUCACCACCGCAGACGACGGUGCAGCGGAAAGAGCAGAGAAGAAGAGGAACCCCUUUUCGAAAUUCAACUUCUCGAAGCCUGGCUGUCCUGGAACUGGGUGGCAGGUAUUUUUAAGUUUGUGGAGGAAGAGGGUGGAAGGUAUCUCUGAGGCUGCCUCCGGAGUGGGCGGCAGGUAUUUUCUUGGGAUAAGUAGUGGCUGGCACGGAAGUGACCCCUAGCAGGAUCCAGCCUCUGGCGCUUUACUUACACCAAAAGCGCCGGCGCCGUCAUCCCAGGCUCCUGGGCGCUCGGUCUUCGCUUCGCCGUCGUCGCUCCUAGCGCCCGCGUGUUGGGUCUCCGCCUCGGCGUCGUCCUCGGUCGCGUGUCCACUCGCGCAGUCUCUGGCGUCUCUCACCUGCUCCGGUGCCCAAUUUGGUGCCGGUGGUGAUGACGCACCGCGGGCGGCCAUUUGCGGCCUGCUCCGGUUUCUCGACACUCUCGCGAGGGAGGGGGGGAGGCGCUGCCAUUUUCUGACGGUGGUGCGGCAAACGACGAGGAGCCGCGAACAGAGUCGUCCGGCGCACCUGAUGGCGGGCGGCGGACUAAGCAGCGCGCGGGGGAGCCCAUCAGCGGCCACCCCUGGCCCAGUGCUUUCGCCGGUCGUUCUCUAGUCUUUUCGGCCAAGUUUUUAGCUGAUGAAACCGCGCAGCCCGUGGGGUUGUGUUGGCGAAACGCAGGGAGCAGGAGCGCGGGCCGCUUCUCCGAUCAAAAGCGCGCCGCGCUAGGUUCGGGCUUCUGACACAGUGGCAGCCUCUUCGCAUGGGGCUGGGACAUUCGCUGCCUGGGGGGUGGGCGUGUCGAGGUAGCUCACGCGCAUGCGGUGACGGUCGAAAGCUGGGGGAACGAUCUGGGGGGCGUCUAUCUGUUCACGAAGGCGGGGGGCGCUUAUGUCUUCAACCAGAAGGCGGGCGCCUGGAUGUACGAGCGUCCGCGCGCGCCAUCAGUUGCCCGAACUGCUGAGGGGUCUGAAGUAAUGCAGGGGAGGCCGUGGCCUGAUAUCUGCACCCUGCCAGGCGGAGGAGGGCCCACGGGUGCAGCCUUCAGGGGUGGCCAUGCGUGUCCACGGCGUCCUGUCUUGCCCCGCACGAAGUGCGGCGCCCGCGUUGGUGUCGAAAGGCGACCCGCGCGCGCCGGCACGCCGUUCCAGCGCAGUUAAGGCGCCGCCAGGCGUGGCGCUUCUGUAUCUAUCUAUGCGCCGCGUCAGAAGAUGAAGAACGUGCGGGACUUCUGGGGCGGGUACUACGGUCGCGGCCUUGUGCGUGAGUUUUUUUUCAUUUAGGGACUCGCUGCGAGAUGUGGCACCGUCUCAAGCUGGUCGACUAGUGUCGCUCGCUCUUCGUUCUGAUGUACUGGUCUGACCAUUUUUUCGUUGCGCACGCAAGUCGGUGCCCGUUUCUGCGAAGUCUUGGCGGGGGCUUGCCCCUGCUCUGUUCUUGUGCAUGUGAUUGGGGGGUGGCGGCGAUCCUUGUCUCUGUCAUUCUCUUCGCCUUGCUUAUUGUGAGCACGCUCCCGCUUGAUCCAGGGAAGGGCUCCGCCCCAUGGGCAGAAGUAGCAGGUCCCUGGGCUGCGCAGGCUGGUCGCCUUUGUUGGUUCAGCUUAAAUAGAGCGCCGAGGGCAUCUGCCUCUGGUUCGUUGAUGGAACGGCCACCGCCGUCGGCCCGCGUGGAUCUCGUUGGCGGCCGUCCUGUUUUCGUCUGGAUGUCGGCCGCCCGCACCUAGAGCACUUGGCGUGCGCGUCUUUGGUUCUUGAUAGAUCAGUCUCAGCUUCAGGAUAUACUAGCCCUUACCCGUUUGUAAUGUAGUAGCUAGACGGGCGCCCCACUGAUUCACCUUAUCGCAAAGCAGGUGCUAAAGCUGAGCGGCGUCUGCAGUCAGGCGAGUGGGGCCUUUAGCCUUGGGUGACGCCAUCUUUUGUUUGAGAAGAUGCAGGGAGUUUUGGUCGUCCUUGGUGGGUCUACCUUAUCCUUAUUAUUCAAACAAUAUCAACAACCCAUAAAAUUUUGAAUCGGGUUUUCGUCACCAUUUACAACAGGAGCAUCCCGACGACCCUUUGUGUUGGUGGUGGCCUGAAAAAAACGUGAUAUGGAAUGAGGGAAGUGGUCUGUUCCACCUCUGCGAUGAGACGGGGAUAGUAUGCGAGCUAGACCCGUUUUGGAGCCAGGGAGAUUUAAGAAUGCAGAGACUAGUCGUCGAUUGUGAUCAUCAUUUGCUGUGCUACAACAAUCUGUUCGAUCAUCAUGUGAUCCAUUAAAGUGAGGCACUGGCACCCACUUCCUCAGUGCAAUCCAUCGACCCCUCCGGUCGUACUCUAAGAAAGGCGUACUUGCAUCAAGUGAAAGCUGAGGUGUGCCAAGAUAAGACCGGCGACGGGAUUUUUGAGGAGGGCGUCAAAAUGACGAGUGCUGAUGGCGACGGCGCGAUGCGUAUUGGGUUUUUCAUCUUCCACUAGCUGUAGUACUACUAGUACUUCUCCUAGUGUAAUACUAGUAACUAUGUAUUGUAAUUCUACUACUACUCUUAUUCCAAGUGGAUUCAUGGCCAUCUUCAUGUCAUUUUCAAGUAUUCUCUUCUUGCUGAUCUGACUUUGAUCCUUUUUGUUCCAAUUUAUUUUGUAUCCUAUCCUUUAUCAUUUCAGUGUAUCUCCAACAUCCAUCCAUCCAUCCAUCACAGUAACGAAGGCAGUAAUCGUGAAGGAUUUGCUUCAAGCGUGUGCCGCAAUGAAGGUAGGAGAUAUGUCACAUAUGAACUCGCCUUUGAGUCUCUACGCUGCCUUUACGGGUCCAGGGGCCGACCAUUGCGCGAAAAAUUUUCACAUGAAGCUGAUUAAGGCCAUUGGUACUAGACUUUUUCUGUUUCGAGCAUUCGUUUUUGGGUUAAAACGAUCCAAAUCGAUUACAUCACCACACUUCGUUCGCCAUUUCAUGCACUGGACUGACCUAUUCAAUGUCUUCAGCCGCUUAUUGUGAAGAAACCCAACCCUCCCACGUCAGCCAGCUAUCGAGGAGAAUGGACCCACGAUAGGUUUCAGCGUGCCCUGGAGCGAAUCUCAAGAGACCUACACGGCGAAUUAGUCAAGAUUAAGGCUUCUACUUUUAUUAGACUUGUUCAAUGUAGUUCCUCUUCCUGAGCAGGUUGGAUUGAUGAUAGAUUUACAAAAAAUAUAAGAACUACACCAAUGAUGAUUCAAUACAAAAAAUAUAACAACUAGUACAAGAAGAACUGGUAAGAAUCGUCUAGCUACGACAAAUCGUCUUUUCCACCGCUAAUCACAAGGGUGAGCAGCAGUCGUUACAGUGUACUUUGGUUGUCGCGGUGGUCAACGGCAUUCGUGUGCAUUGCUUACGAGCAGGCAAGCAAGCGAGAGUGUACUUGGACGAAAAAGAACUAGUACCCGAAAGGGUCGAAUUGGACGCACCGGAGCUGGCCUUAGAUGGCCAAAAACAUGGCAACAUGAUUACCAAGGGAGGAGGAAAGGGAGGAGCUCACUUGGAUGACCAACUACAUGGCAGCACUUUCGAGGGAGGAACAACAACUGGUACGUCAGCUGACCAGCAAUCCGGUAAUGCUAAUGCUCGAACUGUCACGACCGCGGAUGACGCGCCACAAGAGCCAGGUGACACACCUCUAGGUGGCAGCCUCAGUGUGAUGGGCGAGGAACUAUGUCGCGAGGCGCCUCCAGUCAGCACCUUCUCGAAACUCUUCGACGAUUUUAGAUCUACCCUAGUACUCGGCAUAUCGGACCAGGCUUUUGACUUCAGUAAGGCAUCGGCGUUUAGUGAAGAGAAGCUUAGGCCUAGGCUGGCUGCUGGAGAAUUACUGACUAGUGGGAGGACCGAACUUAGUAGCGAGGAACUUCUAAAACAGAAUGGUAAGACCCACUCCAACGCCAAGGACAAGCGCUACAUCGCACUAGUUGCCAGUACUAGUUUUUACUCCGAGGAAGAAGAACUGGCCAGACGCAAACGCGAGAUGAACGAUGGGAAAAUCCGAUGUAGACAUCUUCUGAUAAAACACAAGGACGUCAGAAACCCAAAUAUCGUCAAGGAUAGCAAGCGUGUCCCUGUCAGAGUAACAAGGACUAAAGAAGAAGCGGAAGCCAUUGUUAGACGAUUGUUGCGUCAAUUGCUAGAUGCCGACAAGGAUGUUGGCAAACCGGAACAACAACUAGAAGCAAAGCCUGAUAGUCAACACGCAGGAGAUUCAACAAAUACUGACGCCAAUACUAGGUCCACAUCAGCAGUAGCAGCAGUCGCCCCUCCAGGAUCGUCUCCUCCUGCGUCCUCACCUCCAACAUCCUCACCAACAGUAAAGCCGAGCGCAUCCCCACCAGGUGGGAAGCCUUCGAGCAGCUGUAAACUUUAUGAUGUAGGCACGUUUCUCGCUGCUGAUCAUGAACUUGACCUAACACCUUGAUAUUUGGCAUCUACUUGUUUCCCUCGGAUGCCACUUACUAAUCACAUGUGCCUUUAUGAUUGAUGUAGACACUCAUACACUCCAAAUUUUUUGUCUCAGGGAUUCAUUUGUAGUUGAUGGAUUGCAAAUAGCGCUAUGACGUUGAAAAUUGGAAGUACUUCCUCUACUGCUCCUCGUCCCUCCUCUUAUAUCUUUCUCCUGUUCCCUCCAAGUACUCUCCCUCCUUCUGCGCCUCCCGCCUCUCUGCUUUCAUACCCUUUUCCCUGCCUUGAUCCGCGAGUGGAGCGAGUGCAAUAGUAGUAGGAAAGGCUGUGACGAAGCUGGCGACCUAGGCUGGUUCUCGCGGGGACGAAUGACCAAGCUGUUCGAGGAAGCUGCGUUUCAGCUUCAGGUCGAUGAGAUCAGCGAUGUGGUCUUAAGCGAGUCUGGGUAUCACAUCAUACAAAGAAGGGGAUGAUAGGUUAGAGAGCGAAAUAUGAAGAUUUUGGGACAGAGAUCAAAUAUGAUGAUGGACGUACACCUACUUUAUUUCACGCGCUAGCAAAGAAAUCCAGAAGCAAAUUUUUUUACGCUAUUUACAAUGAAUCUAGCGAUAAACAAGCAAGAUGCAUGGAGC